UCCAGCCUGAUCAUGCGCACAGACUGUCUUCUCUGUCUGGCUGCACUAACAUUCUGCACAAUACUAACUUGUCUUCCUAUACAAGAGAAAACAAUCCAAAUAGGUAUCACUAGAGAUUAUCAGAGAGAUCAAAAUAUAAAGACCAAGAUCAGCAGCUUUGAUUAUUUUUUGACAAGAUUUUGUAAAAGAAUGAGGAUUCACCAGGAUUCAAAAGGUGCUGUUUCAUUGAGGAAAAGAAGUAAAGACUGCUUCUCAGUACUAGAAAUUGAAAGUAAUAAAGUUGUGUGUUUGGAUUCAAACAAAAAGAUAUACAUUUCAGUUGAUGCCAUUAAGGACUACUGUUGUCAUAAAAUUAAAGGAAAGAAUUCCAAUAAUGCUUUGUGUCUAUGCUGGAGGGGUCAUGCAAUGAAGCUUGUAGAAGCUUAUAGCGCAUCAGAAUUAUCUCCUCCACAUUCAAAUAGCCAUGAAAAGCAUAUACACCUCAGGAAAAGAAGUAGUCAGCAUUUUGACCCAUCUGACCCUUUGGGAUCUGAGAAUCCAAGGUCAAGGACGAUAAAUUAUCACAGACAAAAUCGAGAGCAAACGCGUGAGCGCAGCAGUAAUGUAUCUAAAGAGACCAUCACUUUCUAUGAUGAUCCUUUACAUGUACUGCUCUCCAAGAGCCCAGUCAGUCCAAAUUUGCGGAAAGAGAAGAAAAACAAGCAAGUUGCACCAUCUGAACAGAUCUGAACAAAGAACUGAUAGUUCAGAUUUGACCAACUACAGUGUUGGGUAUUGACAGAAUAAAUGUAAUCUGUAUGUAAUCAGAUUACAAAAAUAGAUUACUUGGACUACAUUUUAAAAUGUACAUUAUCAGUUACUUUUUUAUGGGUUACAUGAUUACAUUUUUCGAUUAGAUUGCCAAUCAGCCAACAGUAAUAACUAGUGAAGCGUAAGGUAAAAGUUUACGUAUACUGAUUCUAAUUUUUCAUGUAAUUUGUAAUUAGUACCAGAUUACAUUUCAGAGGUAAUCUACCCAACACUGUCUCUCUACAUGAAGAAUAUGUGAUGUGUCAUUACUUAAAUGUGUUUGGAAAUACAUUUAAGAGAUACUCUAUGUACCAUACUUGCAAAAGCUUUUCUCAUAGUUGGAGUUUUAUUAAUACAUACAAAACUGAAAGUUAAAUCUACUAUUAUAGUACUUAAAGGGAUAUUUCACCUUAAAAAAAUUCUGUCAUAAUUUACUAACCCUAAUGUUGUCCCAAACCAAUAUCUGAACAAGUUUUCCUAAACUUUCUUUUUUCCAUGAGACUGACAGCCUCAGUCACCAUUCUCUUUCAUUACAUCUAUUUUUUCCAUACAAUGAAAGUGAAUGAUGACUGAGGAUGUCAGUCAGCAUUCUCAUUUUGUGUUCCACAGAAGAAAGUAAGUCAUACAGGUUUGGGACAAUAUGAUGGUGAGUAAAUGAUGACAAAAUUUACAUUCCUGGGGGAACUAAAGAUUUGAUAACUCAGUUUUAUAGGGUGCAAUCUAUAAGGCUUAUUAGUUGAGGCUGGGUUAGGUCACUGUUUGUUGUCCUUUCACCUUUUUAAGUCAGUUAAAACUUAAACAGUGCUGGCAUUGAAAGCUGUGGCAAUUAUGUUAUUUUCAUGAGAACUGUGCUAGAAUCUUGUCCACUGAUUGAUGAGGAUAUUGUCAUCAAGUAGUAGCAAUUAUGUGUGGUCUGCUCUUUUUUUUCUAACAAUUGCAGAUAUUUUGAAUGUUAAGAGUCUGCAGUUGUUUCAUUUGUGUAUAUAAUUCAUGUUCUCAUAUCUCAUGCGUUGUCUGUAGACCUAAACUUCACAGCUUAAAACAUAUAAUAGAUGGUGCUGGCCACCUCUACUUAAUUAUUUAUUGAACAAUAUUCAUUUUUAUUUAUUAUAUUUUAUAUUGAUGUCUUUUAAAUAAAACCUCAGAAAAUGA